UGAGGCCGGGACGGGCCGCAGGAGUCCGCUCUGCCCGGGCAUUUGGCCCCCAUGAAGCUGUGAUCUGAGACUAGCUCCCCUCCCCCUUCCCGCGUCCCUCUGAGACGAUCAGCACACGCCAGCCUCUUCAACUGGGCACAGCGCCCCAGAACUCAGGACACACUGGCACCACCUGUUUCUUCACCCCCACGUAAUAAAAUUGGUUGAAGAGCCUACGGGACUUUGGGAUCGGUGCCCUCUGGAGAGCUUUCAUACAUCAACUCCACCCCGGGAAAGAGGAAACUGCCAAGUAGGAGACAGGGAACAAAGUCCUAUCACUGGGCGAAAGAAGACUCGAGUCUGCAGCGGCAGAGCAGAGAGGCCAGUCACACAAGGGAAGCUCCACUCAGAGCCGGGCUACCAUGGACACGCUGGUCCGACUCCUGCAGCUGUUGGUGCUGCUUCUGACCCUGCCCCUGCACCUCAUGGCUCUGCUGGGCUUCUGGGAGCCCCUGUGCAAGACCUAUUUCCCCUACCUGAUGGCCGUGCUGACAGUCAAGUGCAACCGCAAGAUGGACAGCAAGAAACAGGAGCUCUUCAGCCAGAUAAAGGAGCUGGCAGGAGCCUCGGGGAAGGUGGCCCUGCUGGAGCUGGGCUGUGGCACUGGUGCCAACUUCCAGUUCUACCCAUCUGGCUGCAGGAUCACCUGCCUGGACCCAAACCCCCACUUUGAGAAGUUCCUGACAAAGAGUAUGGCCAAGAAUAGGCAUCUUGAAUAUGAACGGUUUGUGGUGGCUUUCGGAGAGGACAUGAGACAGCUGGCCAAUGGCUCCAUGGACGUGGUGGUCAGCACCUUGGUGCUGUGCUCGGUUCAGAGCCCAAAGAGGGUCCUGCAGGAAGUUCAGAGAGUACUGAGGCCGGGAGGAAUGUUUUUUUUCUGGGAGCACGUGGCUGAGCCGCGUGGAAGCUGGGCCUUCCUGUGGCAGCAGGUUUUAGAGCCCACCUGGAAACACAUUGGAGACGGCUGCUGCCUCACCAGAGAGACCUGGAAAGAUCUGGAGAAUGCCCAGUUCUCUGAACUCCAAAUGGAACGACAACCCCCUCCCAUCAAGUGGUUACCUGUUGGGCCCCAUAUCAUGGGAAAGGCAGUGAAAUAAGCCCCUCCUUCUUCCACCUCUGCGGGGGGGGAACCUCUAACUUCAACCCUUCCUUGUGCAGUGAAAAAGCUCUAUUCCCAUCCUGACUAUGGGGGCGAAACAGUUAUACCCUGUCAUGCCCUUAACUGCAAAUUCCUGGACUGGGUCUCCCAAGUUUUGCCCACUACCCCUAAGACAGCUCCCCGUCCCUUCCCCGUGUUCCCUCCACUUCUGAGACCACACCCACGUGCCCCCAGGA